AUGCAUCAACGACAUAAUAAUGCUAAUCUCACUGCAACGUUUAUGACAUCGACACGUUCAAGUGGUGUUCAACAAAAUGAUACAGUUCAUGCUCGACUUGUUGCUUUUUGUUCUACGUCUUCGAGAUCUUCAUCGAUAUCAACUAAUGAAAUCGAACAUCGUUAUGUUCCUCGUCCAUCAAUUGAAUCAGACUUCAUAUUCGAAUCCUGUCUUGUUUUCUUUAAAAUAAUUUCACUUUUUCUGCAAUAUGUAUUAAUAUAUAAAUCUGAAAAAUGGGUUGGCCCUUAUAGUACACCAACAGAUUCAUUUAUUCAUUGGCAUCAUAUUGAUAGAUGUGUUGUUAUUAUAUUGAUUAUAUUUUGUUUAUCAUUACAAGAAAGAUUCUUUAUUCUUAAAGUAUUAAUUAAUAUAAUUGCAUUAAUUUAUUCAUUUUGGAUUUACUCAUGGAAAUAUGUACUUUUAUUUACAUAUCCACUUGUUUGUUCAUUACUUAUUAAUCAAGAUCAUAAUCAAAAAUCACAUCAUCAUCAACAACAAAUAUUAAUAUCAUCAAAUACUUUACCAGGACAUUGGUGUUCAACAAAUGCAUGUGAUUUACGCUAUGAAACUGAUUGUCUUAAUCUUGAAUUUCAUCAACGUAUUCGACAUAUAUUAUUUUCAUCAUUUUUAUUAACUUAUUAUAUUUGCAUUGUUCCAGUAGCUUUUUGUAAUACACAUUAUAUACGUCUAGACAUAACUCUUCUUCUUCAAUAUGGUUUUAUUUUAUUUCUUAGUUUAAUUAUGAUUUAUACAAGUCAUUAUCUUCCUUUGGAAUUAUUAACUGUUUUUCAUCGUAAUGGAAAACAUCUUGGUUCAUGGCAAUGUUUAACAAAUAAUAAUAAUACACUUAUGAUACCAUUAUGGGAUGAAAAACAUCAACUAGCAUAUCCAUCAAAUUCAAUCGUUAAAUAUAAACAACAUAUAUAUCGUUCUUCAAAUAAUUGUUCAACAGUUGCUGAACCCGGUAAUAUGUGUCACACACGUUUUUCGUUUUUAUUUAGUCGACCAUUAUUUUUUCCAUUCCUGUUAUGUUCAUUACAAAUUAUACUUUUAAUUAUUCAAAUAAUGUUCAUUUUCAUUGAUCACCGUUGGUUUGUUCUUUUAUCCCAAAUGAUACUCUUUAUAUUUAAUACAUAUACUAUACAUCAUACAACACGUGAUAUGUAUUUACUGUAUUUGGUUUAUUGUUGA